AUGAUAUCUAGCACAGAUAAAUAUCCGAUGAAAUUAGUUGUUACUAAUUCUUCAUCAACGACAACACUAGAAUCUCAAAACGAACAAUUAAAUAUUGGUAUAGAAAUUGAUAUAACUGCACAAAAAAGUAUUGAAAGUAUUGUAGAUGAGAAUAAUGUCAUUUGUGACUUAGGAACUUUAAUAACAGGCCCUGUUCGACCAAUUUUAACAUCAUAUCCACUAACUAAAUUUGGUGCACAAAAUCGCGCAUUCGAUGAUAAGCAUUACAAAACAUAUGAAUGGCUUGAAUAUAGUAUAUCGAAAGAUUCUAUUUUUUGCUUUGCUUGUAGAAAUUUUAACACUGGAAUUAGUGGCAAUUCUGAAGAUAGCUUUCUAGUUGGUUUUAGAAAUUGGAAAAAAUUGGGUGUUAGUAGUGGAAAUAAAGGCGGAAAUAAAAGUAAACUUAAUAAAUUGGAUACACAUGCUAAAAGUAAUUUACAUUUAACAUGUAUGGUUAAAUGGUCAGCAUAUCAGAAGACAAAAGAAACAGGGAGUGUUUAUUCUCAAAUAUCUUCACAGCAUACAUUGAUGGUUGAAAAAAAUAGAAAAUAUAUGAAAAUAUUAGUUGAUAUUGUUCUAUUUAUAAGUUGUCAAGGAAUUGGUUUUCGAGGACACGACGAGACAAAAGAUUCUUUAAAUCAAGAUGAACUUACAAGUAUAGUUGCAGAUGUUGUGAAAGAAACGAUUGUGAAAGAUAUUGAAGAUGUUGAGGUGUUUGGAAUUAUGUGUGAUGAAGCAAGGUGUUACAAACAAGAACAAAUGGCAUUAUGUGUAAGAUAUGUCAAAAAUCUAGAUGUCGUUGAGAGAUUUCUUGGUUUUAUAGAUUGUUCUAAGAAACAAGAUGCUGAAUCUUUAUAUCAACACAUAUUAUGGUAUCUGAAAAAGUGUAAACUUAAUUCUAAACCACAAAUAGUUGCUCAGUCAUAUGAUGGUGCGAACGUUAUGUCUGGGAAAUUUAACGGACUACAAAGUAAAGUUAAAAAUGAAUAUCCUUACGCUAUUGAUACGCAUUGUAUGGCACAUAAAAUGAACCUCAUUGUCAUUGAUAUGUGUAAAUAUGUUAAGGAAACGAGGAAUGUGUUCAACACUUUAGAAUCCCUAUACAUACAUUUUUCACACCCGUCAAAAAAUCAACAUUUAAUUGAGAUUCAAACCAAUCUGGGGAUAAAACAUAGGUCAAUGAUUAGACUCAGUGACACUAGAUGGAACUGCCGCUAUCGAAAUAUAGAGUGUGUUAAAGCAAGUUAUAAAGCAAUUAUUCAAGCUUUAGAAGAAGAAAUCGAAAAUGAAGAUGAUAGAGGAUUAAAUGAAGCAAUUGAAAAAACUGCAACCUUAGGGCAAUCCAACAAUAUUAUUCAAGGUGUGAUGAUGACUUUUAAAAAUUUAAGAACAACAGAAUAUUUUUCUCAGCUUUGGAGUGAAAUAGAAACCUUUGCUAAAGACCAUGACAUAUCAAUACAAACACCAUCUAAAGGAUGUAAAAGAAAAAGACAAGAGCCAACAAUUUUUAAAGAUUUUGAUGUCACUGCAACCACAAGUGCUGAAAAUUAUAGUAUCGAUGAAACUAAUGAAACCAUUGAAGGUUAUUUUUAA